UCAGGAUCUACCUACGCUGCACACCAAGGCCAUGCCUCGCUUCUCCACCACCACGCCGAUGUCGCCACCCCGCCUCCUCCUCCGACUCGGCGCCCGCCACUCCUCCUCCACCUCUCAUCCCUCACGCAUCUGGGAUCCCCACGCCGCCUUCGUCGCCGCGACGCAGCGGGCGCGCUCUGGCACGCUCACCACGGAGGACGCACACCACCUGUUUGAUGAAUUGCUGCGGCAGGGCAAUCCUGUCCAGGAGCGUCCCUUGACUAACUUUCUGGCUGCCCUCGCCCGCGCGUCCGCGUCCGCAUUCUUCAGCAAUGGCCCUGCCCUGGCCGUCGCCCUCUUCGGCCGUUUGUCCCGAGGCGCCGGACGACGGGUGGCGCAGCCAAAUGUCUUCACCUAUGGCGUCCUCAUGGACUGCUACUGCCGUGCGCGCCGCCUAGAUCUAGCGAUCGCCUUCUUCGGCCGUCUCCUCAAGACGGGCCUGGAGGCAGACCAAGUCGUUUUCAGCACCCUCCUCAAGGGACUCUGCCACGCAAAGCGCUCAGAUGAGGCUCUGGACGUGCUGCUUCACAGGAUGCCUGAGCUGGGCUGCACCCCUGACGUGGUGGCGUAUAGCACGGUCAUCCAUGGCUUCUUCAAGGAAGGCCAAGUAGGCAAGGCAUGCAAUCUGUUCCAUGGAAUGGCGCAGCAGGGCGUUGCGCCUGACGUGGUGACAUAUAACUCGGUUAUUGAUGCACUGUGCAAGGCCAGAGCAAUGGACAAGGCGGAGUAUUUCCUUGGUCAGAUGGUUGAUAGUGGUGUCGUACCUAACAAUGUGACAUCUGAUAGCCUCAUCCAUGGAUAUUCCUCUUCAGGCCAUUCAAAGGAGGCGGUCAGGGUGCUGAAAGAGAUGACAAGUAAGGGUAUCAUACCAGAUGUUUUUACUUGCAACUCGCUCAUGGCCUCCCUUUGCAAGAAUGGAAGAAGCAAAGAAGCUGCAGAAAUUUUUAAUUCAAUGUCCAUGAAGGGCCUGAAACCUAACACCAUUUCAUAUGCUAUUCUCCUUCAUGGGUAUGCCACUGAAGGAUGCUUGGUUGACAUGAUCAAUCUCUUCAAUUCAAUGGCUACAGACUGUAUUCUACCUAACUAUCAUAUCUUCAACAUACUGAUUAAUGCAUAUGCUAAAUAUGGGAAGCUUGAUAAGGCUAUGCUUAUAUUUAAAGAUAUGCAGAAACAAGGAGUGAGUCCAGAUGCAGUCACAUAUUCAACCGUAAUACAUGCAUUUUGCAAAAAGGGUAGGUUGGAUGAUGCUGUGAUAAAGUUUAAUCAGAUGAUUGAUACAGGAGUACGACUGGAAGCAUCUGUUUAUCGUUCCCUAAUCCAGGGUUUUUGUACACAUGGCGAUUUGGUGAAAGCAACGGAAUAUGUUACUGAAAUGAUGAAGAAAGGUAUGCUUCCUCCUGAUAUUAUGUUCUUCAGUUCAAUCAUGCAGAACCUAUGCACAGAAGGAAGGGUAAUAGAAGCACGAGAUAUCCUUGACUUGAUAGUGCGCAUUGGUAUGAGGCCUGAUGUUUUCAUAUAAUUUAAUAUACUGAUCGGUGGAUACUGCCUAGUCCGCAAGAUGGCAGAUGCAUCAAAAAUAUUUGAUGAUAUGGUGUCAUAUGGUUUAGAACCUUGUAAUAUUACGUAUGGUAUACUUAUUAAUGGCUAUUGCAAAAACGGAAGGAUUGAUGAUGGGCUGAUUCUGUUCAAAGAAAUGUUGCACAAGGGACUUAAACCUACAACUUUUAAUUACAACGUCAUACUGGAUGGAUUAUUUCUGGCUGGACAGACUGUUGCUGCAAAGGAGAAGUUUCAUGAGAUGGCUGAAUCUGGAGUAAGUGUGUGCAUCGGUACUUACUCUAUAGUUCUUGGUGGACUUUGUAGAAAUAAUUGUGCCGGUGAAGCAAUCACGCUAUUUCAGAAAUUAAGCACAAUGAAUGUGAAAUUCGAUAUUAGAAUUGUCAAUAUCAUGAUUGAUGCCUUCUACAGGGUUCGGCGAAACCAGGAAGCUAAGGAUUUGUUUGUUGCAGUAUCAGCCAAUGGUUUGGUAGCUAAUGUCUUUACCUACACCAUAAUGAUGACAAAUCUUAUAAAAGAAGGGUCACUGGAAGAAGCUGACAAUCUCUUUUUAUCAAUGGAGAAGAGCGUCUGUACUGCUGACACUUUUAUGUUAAAUCUUAUCAUCAGAAGGUUACUGGAAAAAGGAGAGAUAGUCAAGGCUGGGAAUUAUAUUUCUAAAGUUGAUGCAAAGAGCUACUCCCUUGAAGCUAAAACUGUUUCGCUGCUUAUCUCUCUAUUUUCAGGGAAAGGGAAAUAUAGAGCAAACAUCAGAUUGCUCCCUACAAAGUAUCAGUUUCGUGAAGAAGCAGGCACAGUUGAAUAGUUUUAUACAUGGUAAACUUUGUUUGUUGCUUGCCAUAGGUCCUGCUUAUACAAAUAAUGCAUUUUCUAUAUGUAAGAAGAAAUUCAGUUAGAAGUAGCUAUCAGGAUGAAGGAGUAAUCAAGCGUGCACCGAACAAAAAGACAAACCUAGGCGUACCGAAACGAAAUUGAAUCCAAACUUAAACAGAGAAACAGCAACAAAGUGAAGAUGUACAGUUUGCUAGCCAAACACCUAUGGUAGAGUGUCAGGCGGCCGAGCGACCAUCCUGCCAAUAUCCAUGGCUUGGCUUCACAUGGAAUCGAGCCAACCAACCCGUGGCGGUUCCAUGUGGCUCCACUGAAGAUGCGAUCAUUUCUCUGCCAGUGCGCCCCUUGUCAGUGCAUGCGUGCCCCCUCACCCUUGUGUCUGGUCUGAGAAGGAAUUUGAAGAAGCUGAGCAGAAACCGGAGCUUGACCGACUUGAGAUCUACGCCAUCGAAGCCAGAUUGAGGUUAGAUAAUCAUAACAUGGUACUAGAGAGGUGUUUUGUUGACUGUUGUGAUGGCUCUUGUUGAUCUGGUUAGGGUGAUUUGUGAAGAGGGAGCAUGCAGAAGUCUGAAUAAUAUCUGCUUGUGUUAUUAUUUUUGCAGCUUCCGGUCUUCUUUCCACCUACAAGUUAUAUGGAUCCAGUUGUAGUAGCAGCCUGUACGUUAUCUUUUUGUAUAUGCUGGCAUUGAUUAUGAGGUGUACAGGUUUA